AAAACUGUUUCACCUGACCACAUAGUGCCCCGUGGCCCCAGCUUCCUCCAUACUCUCACCAGCUCUGAGAACCAAACCCAGAAGAGGCCAGAGAAGGAGACGAGAGAUGUGAGAAGGAAAAAGAGCCUCAGACCCUGCUGCCACAAGGGACUUCCAUGCUGGUGAGAUGACCCAGAGGGCUGGGGCUGCCAUGCUGCCUUCAGCUCUGCUCCUUCUCUGGGUCCCAGGCUGUCUGACUGUGAGUGGCCCCAGCACCGUGAUGGGCGCCGUGGGGGAAUCCCUGAGUGUUCAGUGUCGGUAUGAAGGGAAAUACAAGACGUUUAACAAAUACUGGUGCAGACAACCAUGCUUGCCAAUUUGGCAUGAAAUGGUGGAGACCGGAGGGUCUGAGGGAGCGGUGAGGAGUGACCGAGUGAUCAUCACGGACCAUCCUGGAGACCUCACCUUCACCGUGACCUUGGAGAACCUCACGGCAGACGAUGCAGGAAAAUACCGAUGUGGGAUUGCAACAAUACUGCAGGAAGAUGGCCUGUCUGGUUUCCUGCCCGAUCCCUUCUUCCAGGUUCAAGUGCUGGUCUCAUCGUGUAAGAGCCUCUUUUCUCAGGCAUCUGAGGCCAUCUCUGCAGAGCAGCCACAGAAAUUUUGGCCCAGGAGAGAAGAACUGGGCCUAGUGUGGUACAUCAGAGACUCAGGACAGACCUCCAGUACUGAGAACUCUGUGAAGACACCUGCAUCUCCCACCAGGCCCAGCCAAUGCCAAGGGUCCCUGCCCAGCAACACCUGCUUCCUGCUUCUCCCACUCCUGAAGGUGCCUCUGCUCCUGAGCAUACUCGGUGCUAUCCUCUGGGUGAACAGGCCUUGGAGGACUCCUUGGACAGAGUCAUGAACAGGAGAACUUGCAACACCCCAUGCCCAUUGGAACCCUGUCCAGAGACACAGCCCCUCUGACUGCAAAAAGGACUUCUGACCCCGACCCUCAUAUUUCUUUCCAUCUUAUCACCGGAUACUUUUUAAAAGUUAAAAAAAAAAAUGUAGGCCGGGUGCGGUGGCUUUCACCUGCAAUCCCAGCACUUUGGGAGGCCAAGGCAGGCGGAUCACUUGAGUCCAGGAGUUUGAGAGCAGCCUGGGCAAUAUGGUGAGACCUCAUCUCUACAAAAAAAUACAAAAAUUAGCAGGGUGUGGUGGUGUGUGCCUGUGAUCCCAGCUACUUGGGAAGCUGAGGCAGGAGGAUCGCUUGAGCCCCGGAGGUGGAGGUUGCGUUGAGUCGAGAUUGUGCCACUGCACUCCAGCCUGGGUGACAGAGGGAGACCCUGUCUCAGAUAAACAAAUAAAUAAAUAAAAUAUAUCACGUACACAAGAGUAUGUAUAUGAGGUAUCUAUACAGUUCAAGGACUAAAAAUAAACAUGUGUACCCACCAU